AUGGAAGGUGGCAUUAAGGUAACAUCGCCGUCGUAUUACGAAAUUCUCGGCGUCACCGUUAAUUCUUCGGCGGAGCAGAUACGGCGGGCAAAUGGCAUCCUGACAGGUGGACGAAAGAUCCUUUCAGAUCUGUUGAAGCAAAACGAAGAUUCCAGCAGAUUCAAGAAGCUUAUUCAGGGAUACUUUGAUUUUGUCGAAGAGAUGGCUUCACUAAUGGCUCAGACGAGAAGAGAGGAAAAGCAAUACAGCUUGGAAGAGUUGCAGACAAUGGUUAAUGACAUGGUCUAUGAGUUUCAAUCAGAACCCUUAUUCCAAAACGGACCUAUGGAAAUGAAAUUCGACUUGAACCAACCGCCUGUAGAUUGGCCUUCACCGAUGUCUCUACGUGUUUCAGGCUUCGAGUUUUGUGCUCAGAGCAGCUACUGUAACUAGGAUCGACUUACACAUAAUCUGAAUCUCGGCAGACUUCCGAUUUUGCGUCUCGUGGACUAAUGAUUGAAGAAUCACUGUCCUGUUUUUUAGCUGAUGGAUACUCUGGCCUCAGAAUCUCAUACUUCCUAUGACAGACAGCCGUUGUACUUGUGGGGCAAGCAACAUAAAUUGCUCUAGGGUUUUUUUUCCAUGUUUUGCUGUUGUUGACAAGUAGCCUUGGAAUGUGUUUAUAAGGGUUGCGAAUAAUGUUCGUUCAAAAAAGCAUAGGCUUGUUAAUUGCGUUUCUCUAGUUGCUUUUGUACUUGUUUUCACAGAACAAAGACAUGGCAAUUUGUACUUCUUUCCAUAUUUUGCAGCCCAAAGACAUAUGGCAUUUUUAGUAGACAAUUUUUGAUAUGGGCUAAAGUUCCAUUAAGACGGUC